UGACGGCACACUUGGAGCUAAUAUUGGCAGUAUUUCCUCGCCGAGGCAGGCUGAACUUGAGAUCACCGCCCGUCCUAUCCUACGCGGACAUGCACCUGGCGCAUGCACGCCUACCUGGAGACGCCUAGGCACCUACCGGGGCACCACAUGGCCGAAAACGCGGAAACGAGCACAUCGCCCGGCGAGCACGAAAAGAUGGACAGCCUCGACGAGCCGCCACCGCCGCCGCCGCAGGAACCCGCUCUCCCCUACUGGCAGGUCAACGUGCCGGAGGCGGAGCGCGAGGCGACGUGCCCGGCGUUCCUGCGGGAGCUGAGCGCGAAGGACCGGGGGAUCAUCGGGACUCCGGACGCGGCGUACCGGCGGGCGACGUGGGGGGAGGUGCGGGCGAUGGCGGCGGAGAACCGGCUGGACGCGUUCCGGCGCGUGCCGUCGGACCUGCGGCGGUACCUGGCGUACGGUGCGGCGCUGCGGCGCGAGCACGGCAGCGUGCUGGCCUUCGUGCUGGCGCACCGCCUGCGCUGGCCCGCCGCCGACGUCGCCCGCCCCCCGCGCCGCCCCCUGUUCCCCCCCGUCUCCCCCGCCGCCGCCGACGACCCCGACGUCCGCGUCCUCCGCAACGACUGGCCCUACGGCGUCGACCCCCGCAUUGUCCACCUCGUCGUCUGGACCAAGUUCGCCCUCCCCGAGGACCCCGCCACCGGCGACCUCACCGACGACGCCCGCGCCGAGGUCGACGCCUACGUGCAGCGAACCUUUACGUCCAGGGUGCCGCCGGAUCGUGUCAUCUGGUUCAAGAACUGGCGCUCUCUGAAGUCGGUCCACGCCAUCGAGCACUUCCACGUCAUGCUCUACGACCCGGACCCGCGGUUCGUCGACGAGAUCACGCACGGCGACGUGCCGCUCUGCGAGAGGGCCCUGGAGUAGCCCUCUCGCAUCCAUCUUUGCCCUCCCCAUUCUUCGUAUCCCCGCUCCCGCUCCCGCUCCCGGGUUGCUACGCACGCUACUGCCCGCGCGGUAGACCGAUGGACGGUGGCAGAUAGGGUCGGCGCGCACGAUGCGAGCGAGCAAUCGCUUCCUGGGUUGGAUAGUGUGCUGGGCGGAGGACGGUUCAGAGCGCGGAUGCAGGCGGC